UGCAGAUGCAGUUCCAUUGUGACCUGUACGAAUAAAACUGCGAGAACAGAAGGAUCAAAAUUGCGAAAACUGACAACCGAAAUAAAAGAGUUCCAAUCGACGCUGCGAGUUUUCAAUACAGAUAUGAGCUAUUGGGUUUUUUUAUUAACGCUUAUGGUGAUUGGAAUGUGCGACGCGUUCGGUCAGUUUUUGUGGAGACAUAAUUUGCCGAGUUACCCGUAUGAAUCCAAGUCGCUACAUAGUCAGCGAAAACGUGAGAUUCUUCGUUCUCUUGAGCCUGCAUCGAGAAUAAAACGGUUUGAUGACCCUCAAAAUAUUGCGAACAGUUUAUAUAAAGGCAGACGAACGUCUAGGAAUUCCGAAUUACCAGAGGCGCGCUACACCAUCUUUAAUUACGGUCCUAGCAAUUCAACGAGGGAUCUACAGGUUUUGAAUCGUCCCGAAAAAAAGUUCGCAAGGUCUACUCGACGUAAGAGGACCAAGAGGCAAUCUUCUAGACGAGUUAGCACCGUGCCAACCAAUCGUUUAUUCGAUGACGAUACAGUCAUGCAGUCUGAUCGAAACCGUAGAUCGAAGGCUAAUAGACAGAUUUCUGAGCUGGAGGUCGCCGGCCAAGUUCGUAGCGAUAAUCUUGAUUCCGCAAUAGACGAAUCCAAUGGCAGACGAUUUUACUGGGAACCCAUCUUCGACGGUGGCGUAAUUGGAUCUGUUGGAAGGCUUUUCGGUGAUAAAAUCAAAGACGAAGCGGACAGGGAAAGAAUAGAGAGGGAAGAGAUUCGGAACGAGAAAUUGAUAAAGAAAUAUACGGCAAUGUUGAAUGAUCCCGAGCAGUAUAAAAAGCUUCAACAAGAAUCGGCGAACUCACCUAGCUACAUCAACCAGGUGGUCAGAGGAACUUUAUUUCCGAGGCUUGAAGAAAAGAUCGAAGAGUAAGAGAAGAACAAGCCGUUAUAGUCUUCGACUAGGUGUGCUUUCAACAAAUUUAACAAGGCUCAUGGAAACGAUGAUCUUCGCAGUGACGAUACCGCUUUAUUCGAUACUAAAUACCAGGAAGAAAUUUCACGAUUUUCUAGAAUGGUCGAUACCUUCUCGACAGUAAGACGCGGAUAAUGGCAAUGGAUACAUCGAACCAUCAGUCGCUAUUAGUAUGAAAAAUUCUUUCGAGUAACAAAAUUGAUUCGAGUUUGAUUGCAGGAAGCAAAUGAUUUGUUACAUUGUUUUUUGAACGCGUGUAAGAUAUGUAUUUUGGUUUGUUGUUUAGCUAAUUUGUUAUACUUUAAUUACCA